UAACGUUCUUGAAUUCCUGAUAAGAUAUGACAGUACAUCGUGAUACUAGAGCAAAAUACUAAAUACAUCCUGAUAAAUAACAAAGGAUAGGUUCUUUCAAAAUUAGUUGUGCAGUCAUCUCAUAUAGUAUCAUACGGAUAUGAAGUCUGUUUUAAUUACAGGUUCUAAUCGUGGAAUUGGUUUAGAACUGGUGAAGAAACUAACUGAUCAUGUAUCACCACCCAAGAUAAUAAUUGCUGCAUGCAGAAAUCCAGAUUCAGCCCAGGAUUUACAAGAGUUCUCAAAAACGCAUAAGAAUGUGCAUAUUAUUCAGUUGGAUAUGACACAGUCUGACACUUUUGACAAGACAGUACAGGAAGUGGAAAAUAUUGUUGGUGAUGAAGGACUGAAUGUAUUGAUCAACAAUGCAGGGAUUUUAAAGGAAACAGCAACAAUAAAUGAUAUCACAGCUGAAAAUCUAACAUUGCAUUACUUAACCAAUACAGUAGGACCCAUCAUGUUAACGAAGGCAUUCAUUCCACUCUUGAAGAAAGCAGCUGCAAAGAACUCUAGUUUGCCACUUGGAGUUCUACGAGCAGCAGUGAUCAAUGUUACCUCGGUACUUGGUUCAAUUUCACAGAAUACAAGCAGUGGUUCCCAUGGUUACAGAGAGAGCAAGGCGGCUUUAAACAUGGCAACCCGUUCCCUGAGUGUCGAACUGAAGGGAGAUGGAAUACUUGCGACAGUGAUUCAUCCAGGAUGGGUCAAGACUGACAUGGGUGGUCAAAAUGCAAACCUUACUGUAGAAAUCAGUGCCAGUAACAUAGUGAAAACUUUAUAUUCUCUUACUGAGAAACAAAAUGCAGGUUUUGUGCAGUAUGAUGGCAAAGAACUUCCAUGGUAAAAAAAUGUUAAAAAGUAACAUGUACAGAUGUCAGUUUGUAAAAUCUAUGGCACCUGACUGUAUUUUAUCAAUGGAAUUUGUGGUUGAGGGAUGGCAUAAAUUAGUUUCAUAAAAUUUCGUUACAGCUGUUAAGGCUUACAGGUACGAUAGAAAAUGUUACAAAAUAGUUUCAUCAUCUAUGAAUGUUGUCAUAUAAUUAGCAAGGAUUUUAUUUAAAUAUAUGUACCUUUUUGUAUUAAACUAGCUAAAGUAUGUUCUUUCCUUGAGUUAUCUUACAAUAAACAGUACUGAAAUAAUUAA